AUGAUGAUGAUGAUGAUGAAAAUGUCACCGUGGCUUCUGUUGCUUGGCCUUGCUGUGACCUACACUGCAGCUGCUGGACCAGGCAGCUGUGUGGGUCGCUGUGGCGAGGUUUUCACCAGAGGCCAGCAGUGUACCUGUGACUUCGGCUGCCAGCAACAUAAUGAGUGCUGCCCAGACUUUCAUGCUGCGUGCAUCGCUGCUCAGUCCUGUCAGGGGCGUUGUGGUGAGACCUUCAGGCGUGGUCGGACGUGCGAGUGUGAUCCACAGUGCAUCCAGUACAACACCUGUUGUCAAGACUACCAGCUACAAUGCGAUGCCAGAGGGUCAGGUUCAAACACCAGAACUGUCCAGCCUCUGAGGGCUGCCGCUUCAGGAAAACAGAAAUCAGAGAGGAGCUGGAGAAAGUCGAACAGUGAAAGCGAGGAAUGGUACACAGGUGUGAGUGACAUCCCUGCCGGUCUGCAGCCAUUGUCCAUCCCUUCCUCUAAUAGUGGAGUUCCAGACUUGCCAGCUGGCUACUCUCUGCCCAGAUAUAGUGCUCCGUCUCUGGGCAGCAGUGCUCCUGUCAGACCCUCUGGUCCUGGAGCUGUCGAUGGUAACGUGAAUGUCCACCUGGUGCUGUCCCCUGGGGGAGGCACUCCAUCUGCGCCAAGUCAAGGUCUCAGUGGCCCAGCAGGCUCCAGACCCAGCACCCUGCAGGACGUAGCCCAGGCUUUGGGUCUCUCUGUGGUGGAAGGAGGCUCUGAGGUACCAGGGACAGGACUCCUUGCUGAUGUCAACCUAUGCAGUGAUUCUCCCAUUAAUGGACUGACAGCUCUCAGCAAUGGGACCAUACUGAUAUUUAAAGGUGAUCUGCUCUGGUCAGUGGACCCUGUCAGUCGCUCAGUUGGUCAUCCGCAGAGUAUCACAGACACUCUGGGUGUCUCCUCUCCCAUCGAUACUGUCUUCACACGCUGCAACUGCCUCGGAAACACCUACAUCAUCAAGGGAGACCAGUACUGGCGUCUAGAUAGUAACAUGGUGAUGGAGCCGGGCUACCCCAAACCUCUGGCCUCUGAGUUUCCUGGUCUGACAGGAAGCAUUAGUGCUGCACUGGCAGUACCAGCCACCAGGAACAGACCGGAGACUGUCUACUUCUUUAAGAAUGGAGACAUCAUGCAGAGGUACACCUUCCCACCAGGCAGCACUCCGUCCUGCAGCAAGAAACCAAAACGUUUCGCUCACCAGGCCGUUCUUCUAAGUGGAGAGAUCAACAUCAAAGUGUCUCUGAAGGGAUUCCCCACCCCAGUCACCUCUGCUCUGUCCAUGCCCAGCCCUCAGAGGAGUGACUCAUACGAGCACUACGUCUUCGCUGGACCGCUCUUCUUCAGGGUCCAGAUUUCACGUGACCUGCCAGUGCUGGCCAAACCUGACCCAUCUGCAGCCUUUGCACCCCUCCCCAUCCUUAGCCCUGCUGCUGUGGCAACCACCUCUGCCAACACGGCCGCUCAAAAUGCUAACCCUCCCCUCCCAGCCAACUCCAUCAGAGUUUGGCUGCGCUGUCCCUAGGAACAUCCUGACAAGCAGA